AUGAAAGAUCACCUGGCUAUGGAAGAAUACGACGACGCCAUUCUUCUCUACCGACAAAACGGUCAUGCUGAGGUAGCCCCACUGGAGGAAGCAGCGGAGAAUACACUCUACUACAUGCCACACCGAGCCGUGAUUAAGCAAGAUAGAGAUACAACGAAAGUAAGAGUUGUAUUUGACGCAUCCUCUAGUGCCUCUGGCGAGCCAUCCCUUAAUGAUGUCGUUCACGUGGGACCAAACUUGAACCCAGAGAUUCUACACCUUUUGAUAAAGUUUCGUAGCGAAGCUGUGGCUCUGGUCGCCGACAUUGAAAAGGCUUUCUUGCAAAUCCGCUUACCUGAACGGGAUCGUGACGCGUUGCGGUUUUUGUGGUACGUGACAACACCGAAGAUAGGACAACCCCUCCCGCGAUCGAAGUCCUAA